AUGUCGUCAGCAGACCUCUCGUCCUAUGUCAAAUCGGACUUAGAUUUCUACGACCUCCUCGGAGUCUCCUACGAGUCCAGCCAAAAAGAACUCGACCGAGCGUGGCGAAAAACAGCGCUCAAAUACCAUCCUGACAAAGUUGGCGACAACGAAGCCGCUAAAGAAAAGUUCCAUCUUGCGAACAUAGCCUACGAGCUGUUAUCUGAUCCUUCAUGGAAGGAUACAUACAACAACGCAAGAAAUGCCAAAUUGCAGAGGCAGCGGCAGAAUGAGUUGUUUGAGGGCCGGAGACGGCAAAUGAAAGAUGAUUUGGAGGCUAGGGAGAGGGGUGUCAAGAGGCCCAGAGAUGAGGAGGAUGAUGAGGAAAAGAAGUUGGAAAGGGAGAUUAGGAGAUUGGCGGAAGAUGGGAAGAGGAGACGGCAGGAGAGGGAGGAUACAUUGAGGCGAGAGAUGAGAGAGGAGGAAGAGCAGAAGCACGCUGCUGCAGAGCUGAUCUUACAGAAUCUCAAAACGUCUACUCCUACAUUGGGACAAUCAGACGUGUCCGAAAUCGAUCGCACAAUCAAGGUCCGAUGGCCUAUCGAGGGAAAGGGAGGGGAUAUGACGGCGGAGUCGGUCAAGAAGCUUUUCUCAGAAUUUGGUCCCAUCGAGAGCGCCGAUUUAUUGAAUCCGAAGAUGCUGCGACUGACUGGCGCGAAGAAGAAGGAAAUGGCACUCACCUGCAUGAUACAAUAUAGGUCAGUUGUCGACGCCCAUGCCGCAGUGGAAGACUUUCCCGCGCAGUAUGGAGAAGAGUGGCAAUUAUACCGUUCGGUGCAAUGGGCUGCGAAUAAAGAGCCAGACAUUAUUAGUGGAAGUACUUGGAACGGUGUUUCUUCCCACGCCCCUUCGACACCACAGCGACCGACUACUACUACCCCAUCGAAAGAUUCAAAACGUUUCGACAGUCCCACUACAUCCGUCAAGCUCCCUCACGAGAACGGUAAUCCGCUGAACAAGAAGCCCUCUUUUGCAUCUUUCUCCGCCACAUCAACUGGUACCCCAAAAAACUCUCCUUUCGGAAAGGGACUUGGGUCUAACAGCCCUAGCCUAGAAGAGAUGACCAUUAUACGACUGAGGAAGUUGGAGCAGAAGCGACUGGCUGCUGAGAUCGAACGAGAGGAUGAGCGAGCUGAUGCUGCGCCAAAGGUUAAUGGAAAUGGAAAUGGAAACGGAAAUGCAUGA